UCUUCUUCAAACACCUGACUAACCCAACACACACACAGACUUACAUGUGAGGUACUGGCAGGUGGUGGAAAUGAGGAACCUGCUCACCACUCAGAAUCAGAACUGUUACCGCGAGCUGAUUGAGAAGGAGGCCUACACCCGCAUGGCAUGGAAAGUGAAAUAUGGAAAAGACUACCCCAUCCGCUACCCCUCUAGGACGGCAAAGACCCAGGGGCCCCCAAAACUGGCUGCCCCAAAGACAGUCCUGCCCCCUGUGGUGAAGACCGUAGAGAAGAAAAAAGAGGCCCCGCCGGUCCCGAUGGAGCGGACCCUCAGUGAGGCUCCCCUGAUGAGACCUGUCACACCCCAGACCAAGGACGUACUGUACCAGGGCUUCUCCAAGGAGGGGAAGGGGCGACACCUCUAUUUGCAGAGGCGCACACAGAAAGAUCCAGAGCAGAAGUUUGACUAUCCACUGCUGUCGUCCUGGGAGUACGGGUGGAGACUUGGUGACUAUGAGAGGGAGUACAGAUCCCCUGCCAAUGGAAGAUCAGGAAUUGUAAGGAACACAUUUUAUGCCAGGAAUGGAAUAUUUCAUUUUCCCUCUGCAACUGAUCGACUAGGGUAACGGUCUGGCAGGUCUCUCAGAAUGACUCAGAAUAUUUUCUCAGUUGGUAAAAAAUAACAACAUGUCUCUUCACUUUGACCAAGCACUUCAAACACCCUUCCAACUUAUGUUGUUGAAAUUGCAUGGGACAUGUCUGUAAGUUUUACCAUCAGGCA